UCGGUAUUUGAUAUUUGUGUGUUGAGAGUGACUAAUUUGUGAACUAAAUAACAAUGUCUGGUCGUGGUAAAGGUGGAAAAGUAAAGGGAAAGGCAAAGUCGCGUUCCAACCGCGCUGGACUCCAGUUUCCCGUGGGUCGUAUUCACCGUCUUCUUCGCAAGGGCAACUACGCCGAGCGUGUUGGUGCCGGUGCUCCUGUGUACUUAGCUGCCGUUAUGGAAUACUUGGCCGCUGAAGUCUUGGAGUUGGCUGGCAAUGCUGCUCGUGAUAAUAAGAAAACUAGGAUUAUCCCUCGCCAUCUGCAAUUGGCCAUCCGCAACGAUGAAGAGUUAAAUAAACUGCUUUCGGGCGUUACCAUUGCCCAGGGUGGUGUUUUACCCAACAUCCAGGCAGUUCUACUCCCCAAGAAGACGGAAAAGAAGGCAUAAACUACCAGACUACUCUCAAAUAGCAUGUACAUAUGUAAAAAAAAAAAACUCAAUCAAACGUCCUUUUCAG